GCCAUAUUUACCUGUCAGGACUCCAUACGUCCACCCCGUGUUUUCCGUUUUCCCACAGCUCUUCAGAUCCCGACAGCAGACGUAAAUAGCAGAAAGAGCGGAAAUCCUUCUCAUAGAGUCAUAGCACUCUACUGAACGAAGAAGAAGGAAGACGAAGAGCUCCAUUACCAAUCUCGGAGAAGGAAGAUUUUUCAUCCCGGUUUCUCUGCGCGCUGGAUCCGUCGCCGUUCGCUAACCGGUCUGGUUGUUGAUUAGCUGCUUCUACUACACAAUGGAUAUUUCGAAGUUUAGUCGCGGUCAGUUGACCGUGAUGGGUUCAGGGCUGAGUGUGAUGCUCACGAUGCAUUUCACGGUGCAGCUUGUAUCGCAGCAUCUCUUCUACUGGAAGAACCCUAAAGAGCAGAAAGCCAUAAUCAUUAUCCUUCUCAUGGCUCCUAUAUACGCUAUUGUGUCGUUCGUGGGGUUGUUGGAUAUCCGUGGAAGUGAAGCUUUCUUCAUGUUUCUAGAAUCAAUCAAGGAAUGUUAUGAAGCUUUGGUGAUCGCCAAGUUCUUGGCUUUGAUGUAUAGUUACCUCAACAUAUCCAUCAGCAAGAAUAUUGUCCCGGAUGGAAUCAAAGGGAGAGAGAUUCACCAUUCUUUCCCAAUGACACUUUUCCAGCCUAAGACUGUGCGGCUUGACCACCGAAAUUUGAAGCUCAUCAAGCACUGGACCUGGCAGUUUGUCAUCCUCCGCCCAAUAUGUUCCAUCCUGAUGAUAACGCUGCGAGCUCUCCAGAUAUACCCUUCAUGGUUGAGUUGGACGUUCACCAUAAUCCUUAAUGUCUCUGUUUCUCUGGCACUGUAUUCCUUGGUACUCUUCUACCACGUCUUCGCAAAGGAGUUGGCACCUCAUAGUCCACUUGCAAAGUUCUUGUGCAUCAAGGGGAUCGUCUUCUUUUGCUUCUGGCAGAGUAUAGUGCUUGACGCGCUAGUUUCCAUGGGGAUCAUCAAAUCCCAUCACUACUGGUUGGACGUAGAGUAUUUGGAAGAAGCUUUCCAGAACAUCCUUGUCUGUUUGGAAAUGGUUGUAUUCGCAGUUCUCCAGCAGUAUGCCUACCCUGUGACCCCUUAUAGUGGAGACGUACAAGCCAAGCUGAAGAUGAAUAAGAAGACUGAAUGAAUGAACGAUGCACAUCAGACCAUUAUUAGACUACACGAUAAUAAACGCAAUGUAUGCUUCGAAGAUCCACGAUAUCUACCAUGCACCAUAUAUUCCCCUCCUGGAUCAGUCUGGAGCAUACUGGGAAUGAAUGUAUGUGGACUCAUUUCGUAAGCUGUUGUUGUGUCUCUAUAUCCACCUCUCUUCGUCUUACAAAUGUGGUUUAUCUGGUGUUCGAGUGUUCUAAGUGACCUGCGAAUCUAGUUCGUCAUGGAACCCUACUUCGAAACUUUCAUAUCCGAUUCUUCAAGAUGGUGACUUGCAGUUGCAGGUUUGGGUGGGCAUGGGCGCAUUCUUAUUGCUGUGUGCUGGUUGGCAUGUUGUUUAGGAAUUGGCUCUUUAUGCAUUUGGCUUUGGGUUAAUACCUUAUUUUGGCCCGAACUAUGACCAUAUAAUCAACUUUGGCCCGUGGUUUCAGAAAUUAA